AUGAAUUCAGAAGAACUUCAUGAUUAUUCUAAAAAAGCUAAAAUUGAAUACAGAAAUAGAUCUAGUGGCACUUACUAUUAUAUGAUUAUUUCUGAAAGUCAUUAUCCAGCACUAUCUAUUCUUGCUAAAACUCAAAAAAAAAAUAAUUGUUAUAGAAUUUCUGAUGAUUACAAAGUUGUAGUUAGUUGGGGAACAUCAAUAUUAUCAGAGACAAUAGUAUUUAGAUUACAACUUAGAUGUGUGGAACAAGUUAGAGAUUUUUGCUAUAGAUCAAAUGUUUUUCGCCCUAUUGAAACUCUCAGUAAUUCAGCUAAAACAUCUCGAAUUAAACAUAUUGGUAAAGGAAUUCAUGAUUUUAUUAAUGAUAAAACAACAUAUUUAGAUCAUAAGAAUCAAUUACAAAUAAAGUCUCUUACUUUAUCAGUUGGCAAUCAAAAUUGA